AUGGAGCAGAAGGAAGAGAAGAACUCUGAGGAUGGGACCCCUGUCUCCCCCACCACAGAGAACCCUGGGACGCCAGGAGCUGGAGCCCCUGCAGAGGAGACCAAGGGCACGGCUGGGAAGACCAUCAACGAGGAGCCUCCAGACGGGGCAGGAAAGCAGGAAAAAGCCCCAGCCGAGGACGGCAUUUCAGCAGAAGCAAAUGGGUUAGAUGAGGUCAAGGUGGAAGCCCAAAGGGAGGCUGGUGGGAGAGAGGAUGCCAAGGCUGAACUUACAAGCGAGGAUGCUGCAAAGGAAGAGCCCACAGUGGCUUCUCAGGAGAUGACAGACAAAAAAGAGGAGACCAAAUCCGAACCCAAGGAGGCUGAGGAAAAAGAGGAGAGCACACUGGCCUCGGAGAAGCAGAAGGCUGAUGGGAAGGAGGCCAAGCCUGAAUCUGGGGAGAAUGCCGGUGUCGGUGACGAAGACAAGCCUGAACCCAAGGAGGCUGGCGGGGAGGAGGCGGCCAAGGAGGCCUCUCAGGAGGACAACCGCAAGACAGAGGAGCCCACGGCCGAACCCCAGGAGAAAGCUGCCGACAAAGAGGCCACGACUGAAUCUCUGAAGGCCGCUGUGAACAACGAGGCCAAGGCCGAACCUCAGGAGGCGGGUGGGGAAGAGGAGGACGGAAGUGAUGCCAAGGAGGGCGAGCCAGGGAGUCCCAGCGAAGAGCAGGAGCAGGACGUGGACAAAGAGCCAGAGGGAGGGGCAGGGGGGACUCCCAGCUCCCCCGAGGAGUGGCCUGAGAGCCCCACGGAGGAGGGCCACAGCCUCAGCCCAGAUGGGCUGGGUCCAGGCUCCACAGCUUCUGGAGAGACCAGUCCUUCAGCCAGUGAAUCUUCACCCAGUGACGUGCCCCAGAGCCCCCCGGAGCCCCCUCCCGCGGAGAAGAAGGAGAAGCCACCAGAGCGCAGGGUGUCAGCCCCUGCCCGGCCCCGGGGGCCCCGUGCACAGAACCGCAAAGCCAUCGUGGACAAGUUUGGCGGGGCAGCCUCGGGCCCCACUGCCCUGUUCCGGAACACUAAGGCAGCCGGGGCAGCCAUUGGCGGUGUCAAGAACAUGCUCUUGGAGUGGUGCCGGGCCAUGACAAGAAACUACGAGCACGUGGACAUCCAGAACUUCUCCUCCAGCUGGAGCAGCGGCAUGGCCUUCUGCGCCCUCAUCCACAAGUUCUUCCCGGACGCCUUCGACUAUGCUGAGCUGGACCCCACGAAGCGUCGGCACAACUUCACCCUGGCCUUCGCCACAGCAGAGAAACUGGCCGACUGUGCCCAGCUGCUGGAGGUGGAUGACAUGCCAAACUGCCUCUGUUUCCCAUGA